GAAGGACAGAGCGACCGUUCUGCUGUUCUGCUAGCAGACAGCAAAUAUUUCAAAACACAGCUGAUAUAGUCCUGGGAUGUGUUUUACACUGAGUAAACACAGCUGAUGUCUUAAUACAUUAAAAAAACUGAUAUUUCUUAAAAGUGUUUUUAAAUUAAUCUAAGUAGAGUUUGUAGUGUUUUUGGGGUUAUAGCUUAUAGCUUAUAACCCUAAACAGAACAAAAAAGUGAAGUGUUAUGAUUUUAAAAAUAUGUGUGAUAAUCGAGAUGCCAAGGGAAGGUUUGCGAAUACCCAUCCUGACAAGAAGUACUCUCGAGGAAGAGGCCAGAAGAGGCCAAGAAGAUUUCUAGGAGCAACAUGCGAGGAUGAACCUGCUAAUAGGACAAGACCUUCAAGUUCAGCAAGAAAGAUACAAACUCCAGCAGCAGAAGGAACCUCUGUGGUCAGGAAUAGAUUGAUUGAUAUCAACAUUCUAUUUCCUGCUCUCGAGGAACUUUUGAUUUGCAAACAAUGCCAUGGUCAAGUUAAACUUGGCGAAUCUGAAUCUCAAGGAUUAGGAUUCAAGAUUGAAGUAGUGUGCAUUGAGUGUGGUCAGCUGGCAGCUAUCAAGGCAUGCAGAAAAAUUGGCGUCUAGAACCAUGCUUGGGAGAACAACAGAAGAGCAGUGGUUACUUUUCGUGCUCUUGGACUUGGACACGCUGGUCUAUCAACAUUUUGUGGGUUGAUAGACCGCUUGAAACCCAUGGCUCAGUCUGCAUAUGAUAUAAUCAACGAAUAAUUUAGUGAAGUACGCGAGAAAGUUGCCAAGGACACUAUGAAGACUGCAGUGAUAGAAGAAAAAGCCGCUACAGAGACUGGAGCACCCGGAUCAAACAUUUGGAGGUUAGACUGGUAAUUUUCUGCAGUUUUAACUUGAAGAUUCUACACAGUGACUAAAUGAAAAGAUAAGUAUAAAGUGUUAUUAUUAUCAAGGAUAAAAUAACCUUUUUAUUAUAUUUUUAUAAAAAUUCAUAAAAUGCCUUUUUUUGGUUGCAGGUAAGAAAAGCCGUACAGAACUCAGAGGUGUAAGUGAAUAUACCUUAUAAUUACUUAGAGUCAAGGUCUAUGUUUGUGGAAUAUAGAAAACUUGGUCCCAAAGGAUUUGAUAAGCACUAAUUUAAGUUACACUUUCAACAAUUUUCAUAAAUAUUAAAGUUGAUUUUCUCUAAAUGUUGUUUUUACUGAAUUGAGCUCACUGUCCGUAGGAUUCCAAGUGA